UCCGCUGAAUUAUAAUAAAUAAAUCGCUGGCUCAUCCUCAAAGUUCUCUUUGAAUCUCACUUUGAACAACAAAUAUCUGAACAGGCCAUAUAAUGGGGGCUUAUAAGUACCUAGAGGAAUUAUACAAAAAGAAACAAUCAGAUCUUUUACGAUUUCUCCUGCGUGUACGAUGUUGGCAAUAUCGUCAACUAAACAGCAUCCACCGAGCAUCUAGACCAACACGACCAGACAAGGCAAGAAGACUUGGAUACAAAGCAAAACAAGGCUUUGUCAUUUACAGAAUCCGUGUACGUCGUGGAGGCCGCAAGAGGAAAGUGCCUAAAGGAAACACACAUGGUAAACCUGUUCGGCAAGGUGUGAAUAAAUUGAAGUUCCAAAGAAGUCUUCGAUCAGUUGCUGAAGAAAGAGCUGGUCGCUAUUGUGGUGGACUUCGUGUCUUAAACUCUUAUUGGGUUGCCCAAGAUUCCACCUUUAAAUUUUUUGAAGUGAUAAUGGUAGACCCUGCCCACAACGCAGUUCGUCGUGAUCCAAGAAUUAAUUGGAUUUGUAAGGCUGUCCACAAGCACAGAGAGCUAAGAGGGUUGACUGCUGUUGGACGAAAGAAUCGUGGCAUGAGAAAAGGCCAUUUGUUCAACAAGGUUCAAGGUGGUUCUCGUCGUGCAAAUUGGAAGAAGCACAAUUCAUUGUCAUUACGACGUUAUCGUUAGAUUUUGUACAAAAUGAUUUUGAAAUAAAUAUCAAAUCAAAUCA